AUUAUCUGCGAUUGGUAAAUUGAAAUAUCAUGUGUGUAUAUUUUCCCUUGCUAUUGAUCGGCAUUAAGUGUAAAUAGAAACAUUACUUUCUGACUGAAAUCAUAAUCGCAUAUCUCCUACAUUUCGACCAAAGACGAUGUGAUUCGAUCACAUGAUUUCGACUUGCAGCGUUCACUUUGAGAGUUCGUUAUUUUUCAAACGCCUUGUCAAACGGUCCGCUAACCUCAAAGUUGAUCGAAGAAUAGCAAGGAUACAACGGUUAUCAGGAUCUGCCAUCUGAAUCCUACAGAAUAAUUAUUAUAUUUACCGUUACCAAUAUUAAUGAAGUCGGCACCUCAUCAGAGAUUAGUUAUGGUCGGCGAUCGAGACGCGUUGAAAGAAUUGUUACGAUUGCGUCUAGUCGAAUGCGGAUGGAGAGAUCAAGUAAAGAUCAUCUGCAAGGACCUGAUAAAGGAAAAUGGACAGGACAUCGCGUACGACACAUUGCUUUCAACGGUCACAAGUAGAGCACGAAGUCUUGUUCCUGAUUCUGUUAAGAAAGAAUUGCUGCAGAAGAUUAAGAACCAUCUUAUGGCACAGGAAGAAAGUUUGAAAAGUUAACCACUAUGAUUAGUGCUUUAACAAAGCCGAGAUUAUUGGCUAAUUCUGUCAGUCACAAUUGAAAAUACGAGUUUUCCGCUUUAUCUCCAAUAUUUUUACCCAAUCAACAUUUUAAAUCCAAGUGAAAUAUAGGUAAUAAUUAUAAUAAAUUAGUUAAUCCAUC